AUGUAGCAACACUUGACACUGGGAACAUGGCGAGCUUGGCAGAUGUCGGUUGGAAACUCUUGGAAUUUAAAGCUCGAGCAAACAGAUCAGAUUUCUGAUUUAGCUGAAAGAGACGAUUGGCCUUAAUUUCCAGAAUGGCUGCAGUUGCCCAGCCUCAUCAGAAUGUGCGCAGACUCGGUUCCAUCUAUGAGCCUCUUAGACUGUCUAAUCUCCAGAGAGACGAUGAGCCCCUGUGGGAGAAGCUGGACCGCUAUUACAGUGCUGUCAAGACAACCAUUCUGAACUACCAGAGCCCCACCACCGGCCUUUUUCCUGUCAAAACAUGCCCCACUUGCAAAGAGGCAAAGGUGCGGGACUCUCUGUAUUGCGCUGCUGGAUCUUGGGCUCUGGCUUUGGCUUACAGACGCAUCGAUGAUGACCUGGGUCGAACUCAUGAACUGGAGCAUUCCACCAUCAAGUGCAUGCGGGGGAUUCUCUACUGCUACAUGCGGCAGGCAGAUAAGGUGGAGCAGUUUAAACAAGAUCCCAGUCCCUCCACAUGUCUGCACUCUGUGUUCAACGUGGACACCGGCGAUGAGGUCUACUCCAACAGCGAGUACCACCACCUGCAGAUCGAUGCCGUUUCUCUGUUCCUGCUGUACCUGGUGGAGAUGAUCUGCUCCGGCCUGCAGAUCAUUUACAACACGGACGAGGUUGCCUUCAUCCAGAACCUGGUGUUCUGUGUGGAGAGAGCCUACAGGGUCCCUGACUUUGGCAUGUGGGAGCGAGGCAGCAAGUACAACAAUGGCAGCACAGAGCUGCAUUCAAGCUCAGUGGGUCUAGCUAAAGCCGCGCUGGAGGCCAUCAAUGGAUUCAACCUGUUUGGAAACCAGGGCUGCUCAUGGUCGGUGAUAUUUGUGGAUCUGGAUGCCCACAACAGGAACAGACAAACCCUCUGCUCCCUGCUGCCCAGAGAGUCACGCUCACAUAACACUGAUGCGGCCCUGCUGCCCACCAUCAGCUACCCCGCCUUUGCAGUGGACGAUGAUGCGCUCUACAGUCAGACGCUCGACAAGAUCGUCCGAAAGCUGCGCGGCAAAUAUGGCUUCAAGCGUUUCCUCCGCGACGGCUACCGAACUGCAAACGAGGACAAGAACCGUCGAUACUACAAACCGGCUGAAAUGAAGCUCUUCGAUGGCAUCGAGUGCGAGUUUCCCAUAUUUUUCAUCUACAUGAUGAUUGAUGGAGUGUUCAGAGGAAAUCAAGCACAAGUCAAGGAAUACCAGGACCUCCUUCAACCUAUCGUCUUCCAGUCUUUUGAGGGCCAUGCUGUGAUCCCCAAAUACUACUACGUUCCAGCCGACUUUGUGGAGGCGGAGCAAAACAAGCAUGGCAGCCAGAAGCGUUUCCCUAGCAACUCAGGCCGUGAUGGAUUGGUCUUCCUGUGGGGUCAGGCCCUGUAUACCAUUGCCAAGUUGCUGGUGGAUGAGCUGAUCAGCCCUAAAGACAUUGAUCCCAUCCAUCGAUACGUGCCACGUCAGGACCAACGCAACGUCAGCAUGCGCUACUCCAACCAGGGUCCCAUAGAGAAUGAUGUUGUGAUCCACGUCUCCCUGAUUGCUGAGAGCCAGAGACUUCAAGUCUUUUUGAACACCUACGGCAUUCAAACCCAAACGCCUCAGCAGGUGGAGCCAAUCCAGAUCUGGCCCCAGAAGGAACUGGUCAAGGCGUACCGCUUCCUCGCCGUCAACAAAAAGCUGGGGCUGAGUGGGCGUCCAGAGAGGCCGGUGGGAUGCAUCGGGACCUGCAAGAUUUAUCGCAUCCUCGGGAAGACGGUUGUCUGCUACCCAAUAGUGUUUGAUCUAAGUGACUUUUACCUUUCCCAAGAUGUCAUGCUGCUGAUUGAUGAUAUUAAGAACGCCUUGCAGUUCAUCAAGCAGUGCUGGAAGAUGCAGGGACGGCCCCUCUUCCUGGUCCUCAUCCGCGAGGAUAAUAUCAAAGGGAGCCGCUUCAACCCAGUGCUGGACAUGCUGGCCUCCUUCAGGAAAGGCUUCAUCGGAGGGGUCAAAGUUCACGUGGACAGACUUCAGACCCUGAUAUCUGGAGCUUUUGUGGAGCAGCUGGACUUUCUGCGUGUCAACGAGGCAGAAAUCCCGGAGUUUAAAAGCUUUGAGGAGCUGGAGCUGCCGAAGCACUCGAAGGUGAAGAGACAAACCAGCACGCCCAACGCCUCGGACCUGGAGCAGCAGCCGGAGAUCACUGUGGAGGAGUGGCAGGACAAACCCACCCAUGAGAUCCUGCAGAAGUUUCAUGACUGUGACUGCUUGGCCAGUCAGGCUCAGCUGGCCUGCAUCCUCCUAAGGAGAGAAGGUGCGGACUUCCUCAGCAAGGAUGAGAACCUGAUGGACGAGCUGGAGAGAAUCUACAGAAGAGCUGGCAGCAGAAAGCUUUGGUCUGUUGUCCGCCUUGCUGCCAGUCUCUUAACUAAGCUAGUGGACAGCCUUGCCCCCAGUAUUACUAGUAUUUUAGUGCAUGGCAAGCAGGUGACCCUCGGCAUAUUCGGACACGAGGAGGAGGUCAUCUCCAACCCGCUGUCUCCGGGGGUCAUCCAGGGCAUCAUCUACAGCAAGUGCUGUCCUCUCGGGGGGGAGAGGGAGGCGGUCCUCCAGCAGGAGCUGGUCAUCCACAUCGGAUGGAUCAUCUCCAACGAUCCUCAGAAGUUCAGCGGCAUGCUCAAGAUCCGAGUCGGAUGGAUUGUUCAGGCCAUGAAGCACGAGCUGAAGAUCCGAGCUGGGGACAUGCCACCCCAGGACAUCUACCAGCUCUCCCCCAGCGACAUCAAGCAGCUGCUGCUGGACGUCCUGCAGCCGCAGCACACCGGCAGGUCCUGGCUGAACAGGCGUCAGAUCGAUGGCUCUCUGAACAGAACCCCUCUAGGCUUUUAUGACCGUGUGUGGCAGAUCCUGGAGAGAACCCCCUACGGGAUUGUGGUGGCGGCGACGCACCUCCCACAGCAACCCACUCUGUCUGACAUGACCAUGUAUGAGAUGAACUUCUCCCUGCUGGUGGAGGACACCCUGAAGAACCUCGUCCUUCCCGAGUACAGACAGAUCAUUGUGGAGCUUCUGAUGGUGGUGUCCGUAGUUCUGGAGAGGAACCCUGAACUGGAGUUCAGCGACAAAGUGGAUCUGGACGUUCUGGUGAAGGAAGCCUUCAGUGAUUUCCAGAAAGAUCGCAGUCGCUUCGGCGGAGCAAAGAGUCAGGAUGACAUGGAGACGUUCUACAACACGCCGCCUUUAGGGACGAGAGGCACCUCCAGUUAUCUGGCCAAAGCGGUCAUGAUCCAGCUGCUGCAAGGAGAUGUGAAGCCCUGCAAGGACGACCCGUGCGCCGUCAGUUAGACCCACCGCACUUGAAACGCUGAAGUACUUAGUCGUAUAGUUUUUAGGUCUGAUAUAUGUCAAGCUAUAGCCACAAAACACGAUUAUAUGUUGCAAAGUGAUAUAAAGUAGGAGAGUUUUUUUGGUCUUUUAUUUUUGUUUAAUUUCUGCUGUUUUACGCAGAACUAGAAAGCGUCUCGUUCGGUUUAUAUUGAUCCUCCAUUAGCCGCGCUGAAAUUUUAUCGUUCAGCGGAGAUGUCCGACAUGUCAGAGUUAGUUUUAGCGUUCACGCCGGCCAUGCUGCCUGGUGAGGCUUGGUUUGAACGUAAUGGGAAAUGAAAUAGCUGGGUCUCCUCUGAGGUUUGUUUGCAUCAGAGCGUUCAGGUAAAUGUGAGAAAAAUUGCUUUCAUCCUUCAGUAGGACUGAUUAAAGCCGCACUCUGACUUGUGUUUGUGCCUCCUCUCAUAUCACUGUGAUGAAGCUGCCCAACGUUGUCACGGUGCACUGGAGCAUGUUUGUGUUGUGCUGCAGCUUGUUUGUUCCAAAAAAAGAAGAAGUAUUUUUAUCCUUCAGAGAAUAAAGUUAUGGUGAAAUGCAA